GUAAAACAUCACGUGACCCGGAAGUGCUGUCCCACUACUCUCCGACAGGCCGAACCAAUUCGCGUGUUUGUUUGCUUUCCUUGGCCACUUCUCAGGUGGAGGAAAGACGCAUUUUUAAAAAUUAUUUUGGGACGGGGUUUAUAUGGAGGACAUGAAGGCCGGUGUGGCCUGCAUGAACGUCGACGCGUCAAGUCGCCUCGCUCGUCAAACGCCACCGCGGGCCGGACAAUAACCCAUCAUAGCUAGUUAGCUUAGCCCAACUAGGAGGAGGCCAUUAAUUAAAUUACACGUCGUCGUUUUGCUGGCUGCUUGCAAAACUCGUUUGUGCAGACCGACGGUGAGAGCUCUAGGUGUGUCUUUUGCCCCUCCAAAAGUUUCCCUCUCUCUUGGGGAGAUUUGAUUCAGCGGGAAAUUCCAAGUGGAGCCAUGGAGGACUUCAGCUCCAUCAGCUUGCUGUCUCUUGCCAUGCUGGUGGGCUGCUAUGUGGCAGGGACCAUUCCCUUGGCAGUUAACUUCUCAGAGGAAAAGCUAAAGCUGGUCACUGUGUUGGGCGCGGGACUCCUCUGCGGCACGGCCCUCGCCGUCAUCAUUCCCGAAGGCGUCCACGCGCUUUACGAGGAGAUCCUGGAAGGGGGCGGGCACCACCCACCCAGUCAGGUGGGCAUCGUCGUCGAGGCGUCGGAGGCCAAGGGCGAGGUGGCGGCGGCGGCGGCGGCAGAGGCCGUCCUGGCCGCGGACGGCCACCACGAGCACGGCCACGAGCAGCUGCACGCCUGCAUCGGCGUGUCGCUGGUACUGGGCUUCGUCUUCAUGCUGCUGGUCGACCAGAUCGGCUCGUCGCACAUGCACAGCGCUGAGGAUUCAGAAUCAGCCAGAGUGGCGUCCUCCAAAAUUACCACCACCCUCGGUCUUGUGGUGCAUGCUGCCGCCGACGGCGUGGCCCUCGGAGCUGCCGCUUCCACCUCUCAAACCAGCGUCCAGCUCAUCGUUUUUGUCGCUAUCAUGCUACACAAGGCCCCCGCCGCGUUUGGCCUGGUGUCCUUCCUCAUGCACGCCGGUCUGGAGAGGAAUCGAAUCCGCAAGCACCUGCUGGUCUUUGCCCUGGCAGCGCCCGUCCUGGCCAUGCUCACCUUCCUCGGACUGAGCCAGAGCAGCAAGGAGGCGCUGUCCGACAUCAACGCCACCGGGGUGGCCAUGCUCUUCUCAGCCGGCACCUUCCUGUACGUGGCCACGGUGCACGUCCUACCCGAGGUGGGCGGCGUGGCGGGCCACAGCCACGGGGCGCCGGCCGGCAACGGCGGCAAAGGUCUGAGCAAGGUAGAGGUGGGCGCCCUGGUGCUGGGCUGCCUCAUCCCGCUGCUGCUGUCAGUCGGGCAUCACCAUUAAGAGGGCGGUGAAAAAAACAAAAGACUCGCAAACGUGGAACUGGUUUGGUCACCGCAUAUUAUUAUUAUUAUUUUUUUUUAAAUACACUGUACAGACUUUAAGUGACAUUCAAGUGCCAUAGUAGCUCGAACUUGGCUACUUCCUGUUUCCGGGACAUGCGUACAUUUUGUUUGCUUCACGGCGGGAUUUAUCGAUUAGGCUUCCUUGGUUUCACUCGCCAUUUAAAGGGACAUUCCGUAGACCGAAGUAUAAUAGUUGGCGCCUCGAUUUCUGGACUUUGGCUAAAUUCACUUUCAUUUGUAAAAUGCAGUAACGUGAAAUCAUGAAAUGUUCCCAAAUGGGAUUGAGGAACUUCAGCAACAUGCGAGGCGUGCGUGUGUGUGUGUGUGUGUGUGUGUGUGUGUGUGUGUGUGUGUGUGCGUGUGUGUGUUUGAUUGUGCAAAGUGGGUUGUAAAGCGACAUGUUUUAUGACUAUAAAUUAAAUGUCUUUUUUUUUUUAA